AGUGUAUGGCAAAUUGCAGUGUAAUUUUAGUGUUCACUUGCCCCGAAACUGGAAGCGGGUAGUUAAGGUUGUUGCCUGUUUCCGCAGAAGCUAUGGCUCUGACGCAGGUUUCAUCUAACAAGUGCUGCGGCGGCUUCCAGAAGGUCUUCGAGCAUGACAGCACUGAACUGAAAUGCAGAAUGAAGUUUGCCAUCUAUCUCCCUCCGAAAGCCGAGAGCGAAAAAUGCCCUGUGCUCUACUGGCUAUCCGGACUGACUUGCACCGAGCAGAACUUCAUCACCAAGGCGGGCAGCCAGCAGGCAGCGUCUGAACAUGGCCUGAUCAUCGUGGCACCAGACACCAGCCCGCGUGGUUGUAACAUCGAGGGGGAGGAGGAGAGCUGGGACUUUGGGACUGGUGCGGGUUUCUAUGUCAAUGCCACAGAGGACCCCUGGAAGCAGAACUACCGCAUGUACUCCUAUGUCACGGAGGAGCUGCCCCGUCUAAUCAGCGCCCAUUUCCCGGCUGACCCCGAGAAGAUGUCCAUCUCGGGUCACUCUAUGGGCGGCCAUGGUGCCCUCAUAUGCGCCUUGAGCAACCCAGGGAAGUACAAGGCUGUGUCCGCAUUCGCCCCCAUCUGUAACCCCAUGCAGUGUGCCUGGGGGCAGAAGGCCUUCGCCGGAUACCUGGGCCCCGACAAGUCGAAAUGGGAGACUUAUGAUGCCACCACACUGGUGGGGUCCUACUCUGGGCCCCAGCUGGACAUCCUGAUCGACCAGGGUCGUGAUGAUCAGUUCCUCUCAGCUGGACAGCUGCUCCCAGACAACCUCAUUGCAGCCUGCACCGAAAAAAAGAUCCCUGUGGUGUUUCGGCUGCAGCAGGGCUAUGACCACAGUUAUUUCUUUGUUUUCUCCUUCAUCAAUGACCACAUCAAACACCACGCCAAGUACUUGAACGCUUAAGGUGAUGACUUUGUGAUCACAAGCUGGAUGUCCGCAGUGCCUUUUCACGAGGCCCCGCCUACCAAGUGUCCAGUGCUUACCUGUCUCACUCCAGCUGCAGUGUUAGCUGUGUUGAUGGGUCAGUGUGAACUGCUGACUGGUGUGUGCCAGUCCUGGUUGAUGUUCUCUUAGCAUUUUUCAAAAAUAAAAGGUCAGCGAUUGGUUAACAGCA